UCACCCAAAUCACUCCCAGAACAUGUUUCGCCUUCAAUGCUUGGGAUUGACAAGAGUCAUGGAUCUGCACCUGGUCGUAUGAGCGGAACCAACGAAGCCGUGGCUAAUAUUCCCGCACCGGUCCCGUCGACCAUGCCGUCAACCACGACAUCGCCUCAUGUGUAUCAAGCGCAAGUGUCAGGAGAACAAGGAGACACCCACGGCUCUCUCAGUUCCCACAGCUCCCGCGCUAGCUGGCAUCACUGACCUGGGCAAGAUCAACUCUAUGCCCGUAUCAGGAGCAGACGGCACAACCAUGCUUCAUCAAGCAGCUGAACCUGUGCCAACACUGAACCAUUCUGGUACCGAAGUGGAAUCGAAGAAUGCUAUUCGCGAUCUCUUGGAUCAGCAAGUAGACAUUCACAGUUCCAAGAUUAACGAACCCCCCUUCCCCUUCUCCUUCCAUACCCAUACUCACCAAAACACCCAUGCACCAAACCCGUUCACUUCUGAUAUUCACAACACCACGCAUGGUACGUCGGAUAACCAGGCCGGGGCCUGCGCAAAUCGCCCUACGUCUGGAGCAAAGGGGCCCUGCCGUCAGUGUGUGGAGGCGAGGUUGAGGCAACAGGCUGCCAGCAUGGCGGUCAACUCAGGCUUGCCAAACGGCACAAAUGCAGCUCCUGCCAGUCAAGCUCCCCUUCCGCCGUCGUCUAUGCAGCAACCUUGGACAAACCUCCUGGGCCUCAACCCGUACCACAACACGAUGGCUGGAGCCAUGUACAACCCGCUGCUACAACAAUCUCUGAUGGCCGGACCAGCUGGUCACUUUGCAGUCCACCCGCAACAGCCACAUCUCGGUGCUGGCAUUCCUGCCCAACAACCGGCGGGACACAUGUUCCAUCUCGGACCUACUUCGCCAGUCCCACAACCACAGCCGUACGUCACGCAACAGCCACCAGCCCAACCAGCCAAACCAGUGGCAGCUACCACCUCGAAACCUCAAACAAGUAGAGUCCCCGACACGCAGCCGACGACCAAACACAUCAUUGUCGAUAUCGCAGACACCUGCCAAAACAUGUUUCCAUUCCAGGAGGUGGCAAAGCGACACAACCAACCGGAACAGAAAAUAAGAGACAUUUUUUCCGCCGUCAUUCAGGUCCCUCUGCUUCGAUGUCCCACAGACAAGAGAAGGGCCGGCAAGCUGGGUACGGCGAGGGUCAAGGAGUUUACGCAGGCGAAGAAGGAAGUGCAAGCGCAGAAGGGAAACGCUGGUCAGCAGACGCGGCAGGAUUCUCCGAACCAGAUGCCGUAUAUGCCUUCGGCGUGGGAUGUUGCGCAGUUCAUGGGCCCGAGCGAUGUGCGGCUCGGGACGUUACCAAAGUAUUCACCGCCUUGGUGAUUAGAGGAAAGGAUGUUUGCUUAGAGGUCGUGUCGUUUAUGGGAGGGCAAUACUUGGUUUUCCAGCUCGUACUGAGGCUUAAGAAGAGGGUCAUUUAGGAG